GACUACUGCGGCGGCGAGCUGGAGUCGAACACGCUGGAGGGCUACAACGCCGCCAACCCGCACAACCCGCUGCGGGUAGUGAGUCGCUACAGCGGCGGAGAGCUCCACGGUGGCGGCGGCGAAUCAGAACAGUGCGAGCACUACAUCCACGGCAUGCCUCAUAUGACCCACCCUGGGGACAACGCGGUGGCAAUGUACUACCACUGGUAUGCGGACUAUUUGCUCGGCUGGUGGGCUGGCUUCGAGGGGCGGGAGCACGAGGACCACGUCGUCAUUGUCGACCGCGAUGCCAUGACCACACGGAACGGUCUGUUCUCGCAGUACGGACUGUUCUCCCGCCACGAGUGCUAUCGCUAUCGCUCCGAGCUCAAGGAAAACACCUGCUUCACCAUGGUCAAGCAGCCUGUGACCACUGCGCGGGACUGGACGGACUUUGCGAGCUGGGCGUUGCAGCGGUUGGAGAUCAAGGUCCAGCGACCCACUGAGUCGCACGUGGGCAUCAUCUCGCGCAGCUUCAAACGAUUCCUGCUCAACGAACAGGAAUUGCUGCACGCCACGCUCCAGAUGAACGUGUCGGCUGAGCUGCUUUUGUUUGACACGCUCCCGUUUUAUCAGCAAGUCCAAGCCCUACGCCGAACUACGGUGCUGGUUGGAAUGCACGGAUCGGGCUUGACAAACGCGCUGUAUCUACAGCGCGGAGCCGUGUUGCUCCAGAUCAUGCCAUUCAAGACAGGUGGUGGCGCAGCGGCCUACCAGGGCUUCACGCACGGCGCGGGCGCUGUCUACAAGGAGUGGACCAAUCCGUGUCAGGAAUGCACGGUGAUGCACUGGGACAUUCUCAAUGAGCAGGAAAAGGCCGACAAGGCGGGGAUUCUGGAGCGAGGAGGAUGGAGUGCCGGCGGGAGCCUCUACUUCUGGUUUUGGGUCAACCAGGAGACCUACGUUGACCCCAAGAAGUUCCAGGCGCUGAUCCGCGAUGCCCUGAGCGCCGACUACCUCCACGCUCCCAGGAAGGGCGGUGCCCAUCAUUAUCCAUGGCUGAGGUUGAACGCGGAGGGCAAGACGCUCAGCGAUGGUGGUGCGUUGACUGUCGAGGUGUGGCGAGGCCUGGGAGUGACGCCCUACGGCGGUCGCGCGAUCGCGCAGGCCGGCUCGCUCUACAGCUGCGCGGCCUAUGCACAGACGCUGCUUCUCGGCGAAGAAGGGGACGUCAAGACCGCUCAGCUCAAGAUCGACAGCGCCGCCGAGGCCCUUCGCCUCCGAAAUCCUGGCCAAGACGGUGAAGAAGGCGUGGCCACGUCUUGGUCGUCUUCGGGCGGCGAUGUGGACGUCGCGCAGGAGCUCAUCCCCGCCGCCCAGGCCUGGCCCGCAUCAUCGCCAAGAUCAACAAAAAGAGGUGGGCAAAUGGUACGCCUGUGUGCUGUGGGUGCGUCGUCGUUCGCGGGGCGCUCGUGA